AUGCAACGGAUCGAAGCGGCUAUCGAAUGUGCAGUGAAAUCAAGAAGAUAUGGUGCACUUAUCACUGAGACUUUUGAUCUUGCUCGUUCUCAGGCUCAGUCCGCAGUCGCCAAAGGAUUGACACCAUUUCCAGUCGUUGUGAAGGACUGCUUUGCAGUUCAGGGAUAUCCUUUGACAUGCGCUUCAAGAAUGUUGGAGAGCUACGUAGCACCGUACACAGCAACGGUAGUACAAAGAUUAAUAGAUAGAGGAGGCUGCAUCAUUGGCAAGGGAAACAUGGAUGAGUUUUGCAUGGGAACAUCUAGCGUGCUUGGGCAUUUUGGACCAGUGAAAAGUGGGCUCACGAGAAGUGUUGAAGAUGAUUGGUUCGUACCUGGAGGUUCAUCUGGUGGAUCAGCAGUUGCAGUCCAGCUAGGCAUGGCAGAAGUUGGUCUUGGCUCAGACACCGGUGGUUCAUCUAGAAACCCAGCAGCAUUCAACGGGAUUUUUGGCCUAAAGCCGACAUAUGGAGUCCUGUCGCGACACGGUUUAGUUCCUCUUGUCAAUUCUUUGGAUGUGCCGUCCAUACUCGCUAAAAGCGCCAACUCUUGUUGGAACUUUCUUCAGGCGAUGUCAGGUAUUGACAAGCGAGAUUCAACAUCGAUAGAGCUGUCUUCUUCGGAUACAUGUUCUUCAGUCGUCGGGUUACGCAUUGGGAUACCUAAGGAAUAUCACAAUGAGUUCCUCUCUGAUGAUGCUUGGCGAGUGUGGAACCACGCUGCAAAUACAUUACAGCGACAUGGAGCGAAAAUAGUUGAAUUGUCAUUGCCCAACACUAAGUAUUCUUUGGUGUGUUACCAAAUAAUCUCCGCAGUGGACAUAGCUUCUAAUAUGGCACGUUACGACAGUAUCGAAUAUGGUCAUCGUUCUAAAAACGAAAAAUCCACCUUUGACUUGUACGCAUCUUCGCGAAGUGAGGCUUUCAAUACCGUCGUCAAACGAAGAAUCAUGGCAGGGAAUUAUUUUCUGAUGCGAGAGAAUCGAAAGAAGUUCUUCACCAAAGCGUUGCGGGUACGUCGCAAAAUUGCGAGCGAAAUCUUUGAAGCUUUUAAUUCAGUGGAUAUCUUAUUGACACCGACUGCAACAGGAUCCUCUCCUUUAUUUUCAAAACUCAGGCAAGGCUUCUACAAGAGGGAGGACCAAGAUGACUUCUACACUCAGCCUGCCAAUCUAGCAGGGGUACCUGCCAUUUCUGUACCAUGUGGGAGAAGUUCAGACAACCUUCCGAUAGGUGUACAACUUAUCGGAAACCUGCUAAAGGACAGAUUUAUUUGCGAUGUGGCUCAGCUGCUACAUGAUUCAACUGAGGAUUCUUGGCGAUAUAUAUUGGCAUGCAGCAUACUUGAGAAAAACCUCUCGCCGGGUGUUGAAUCAAAGCACUUCGUCAACCGCAUUGCUUCCAGUAUGUCGAACGUGUCUCCCAAGCCAGUGGCUAGCGUGAAAUGUGAGGUACAACCUUCAACCAGUACGGCUAACGAAACGGCUCUACCGAUGAGCUCUCCUUGCCAUCCAUCUCCGGCUCUUGCACGAUCAGUCCCAUCAUCCCAAGAAGCGACUUCCCCAUCAGAAACCGCCGGCAAAGAUUUUGUGUUUUUUACGACGGAACUGGCCAACCAGGCCGCGCUGGAUUUCGAAAAGGAACGUUUUGACAGCCUUCUGGAGUGGCAUAUAAAAUAUCGUAAGAGGAAAGAAGCAGAACGAUCUUCAUCGGAUGAUACUGUAUCAGAAAAAGCUGCAAGCUCAGUGUCAACUGAGUCUCCAACGGCGGAUGUUACUGAGCGAAAGGCCGAAAAAAGGAAGGCUGAGAGUGAUCCUGAAGAUAACACCGCCAAGAAGCCAACUUAUGUGGAUUUAACUGCACCAGAGAAUUCUCCUGUAAAGAAACUGGAAGAAACACCGUUAAGACGUAUGGAGAUGAUGACAAACUCAUCUGCGUUCAGCACCUCUUCCAGUAUUAACGAUGUGGUCGAAGCGCCGACAAAUGGAAUUUGUAAAAAAGAUGAAAGGUCAGCAAAAUUGGAGAAAUUGGGUGAAAUGGAGCGGCAAGUUGAAGCGGAAAGGCUUCGGGUCGAAUGGGAGAAGGAAGUCCAGGCGCAUGAGAUGAAAAAACUCAUGCAGACUCAAGGGCUUUCUCCGUAUUCUUCGCCUAUGUUCAUGCCAGCUCCGGGGCCUCCAAGCGGCAUGUAUCCAAUGGCUCCAUAUCCUGGUCGCUAUCCUCCUGCUGGCAAUGGUUACCCUAUGGGAGCCAUACCUGCAGGCUCCUUUCCUCCUGCAUAUCCUAACGGGGCCCCGUCGUUCCCUCCAGGUUAUCCUAUGUCAGCUCCAGGAAAAUCUCAAAUCCCCUCUCCUGCAUAUAUUGGUGACCCAAUGUCGUUCAAGGGAGGCGCACCGCCUCCAGGGAUGAGUCCUCAUCAUCCGAUGUACGCGCAUAUGAUGGCUGCACGGGGAAUGCCAUCACCAGUUCCUGGCCCUGGUUUUCCUGCCGAUCCCGGUCGACCUUUUGCAAUCCCGGGACAGUCACCAGGUGUCAGCCCAUUCCAUCCCGCUCCAUAUCCUCCACACCCAUAUCCUCAAAUGCCGUAUGGACAUCCUGGUAUGGCAAAGGGUGUUGUCCCUCCUCCUCCUUAUCCAUUUGCUGGAGCAGCUAUGGCCGGAGCACCAGGAAUGCCACCUAAUCCAGCUAUGAUGCGGAAUGGUCCCGUUGAUCCUAUGAGGUGGCAGGGAAUGCCGCCAAACUAUCCACCAUCGUUCCCUAACCCUAUGCCGCCAGGACCUACACCAUCAAUGCCGUGUCAACAUAUGACAUCACCUAAGCAAGGCUUAGCUGUUUGA